ACAGAUCAGGCUUUCAGGCCAGUGCAGAGCAAAAACAUGGAAAGAAAGAAUUAAUGUCGAAUUCCAAUUGAAUCGUCCCAAGUUCGAAUCUUUUAAUUUUUUCUGGUACAAUCACUCCAACCCAAUCCAAUCCAGAAAGUGGUUUCCUUUGACUGCUGGAUUGAUUCUGAGUUCCAGCAUGGCAGAUGUGGCGGCGAAGGAAACCAAGAAGAUCAUCAUUGACACCGACCCUGGUAUCGAUGAUGCCAUGGCCAUCUUUGUGGCAUUACAAUCCCCGGAAGUGCAAGUGAUUGGACUUACUACUAUUUAUGGAAAUGUUUAUACCACUCUCGCCACAAGAAAUGCCUUGCAUUUGUUGGAGGUUGCAGGGAGAACCGAUAUUCCAGUGGCGGAAGGAUCUCACGUCACAAUAACGAAAGGUACAAAACUUCGUAUUGCUGAUUUUGUUCAUGGUGCGGAUGGACUUGGCAACCAAAAUUUCCCCCCACCAAAAGGAAAGCCAAUUGAGCAGUCGGCAGCAGCUUUUCUGGUUGAACAAGCAAGCCUUUACCCUGGAAAGGUCACUGUGGUAGCAUUGGGCCCACUUACAAAUAUUGCACUGGCUACUCAACUAGACCCUGAAUUUGCAAAGAACAUAGGGCAGAUUAUUCUUCUUGGUGGUGCUUUUGCAGUCAAUGGGAAUGUCAAUCCAGCAGCAGAGGCCAAUAUAUUUGGGGAUCCAGAUGCUGCAGAUAUGGUAUUUACAUGUGGAGCAGAUAUUUUGGCUAUGGGGAUUAAUGUGACCCAUCAAGUUGUCUUGACAGACGCUGAUCGAGAAAAGCUGGCAAUGUCAAAUGGAAAGUUUGCUCAAUACUUGUGCAAAAUUUUAGAUGUGUACUUCUCCUACCAUCACGAUGCGUAUAGCACAAAAGGAGUUUACCUUCAUGACCCUGCAGUAGUUGUUGCAGCUGUUGAUCCUUCACUUUUCACUUACACGGAGGGUGUUGUUAGAGUCCAGACAAAUGGCAUCACAAGAGGACUCACGAUUCUGUACAACAAACAGAAAAGGUUUGGCGAGGUGACAGAGUGGUGUGAUAAACCCACAGUCAAGGUAGCAGUGACGGUUGAUGCCCACACAGUUGUGAAAUUGGUUAUGGAACGGCUCAUCGAAUCAUGAGUGCUCAUCAAAUGCAAUGCAUGCAGCAGGUGUGGAUUUCAGCCUCGAGGACUUGGCUUCAAUUUCAUUAAUUUCAGGAAGGGAAAAGCAGUCCAGCUCCAGGUGGUUCACGUUCGUCACUGCUGUUAGGUUGUGUUGCCCUUGCUUGGUGUGUAAGGCAUCCUGUUUGGAUACAUUGCACAAUCAUGUACAAUUUAUCACGUGCUUCGUACGACUAUUGAGAAUAAAAUUGUUUCUAGUCUGCUGUUUCUUUGGUGGCAAGAGUGAGUCAUGAGUGUAUGGGUUAUGAGAAUGAAUAUGUGAUAAACAUGGCCGAACUGUAUCCAGUUUGCAACCAUGUCAUGAUGGUGUGGUAACAAUUAAAUAAAUACAAAUGAUAAUUCUUUCUUAGAAA